AUGUCGGCUUUCUUCAAUCGCGUUGGUUGUGGACCUGUGGCUGAAAUCGUUUUCUUAAUUUUAAUGUUGAAACAGAUCUGGCAUUGGUUUGGUUCGGAACGUAUUGUUCUCCUUGCGUGUCGUAAAGCAAGUGGACCAUCUCUCCUCAAUGCAAUUUCAAUUGAACUUCAGGAAAGCCUUCAACGAGAAGCGCGAAAGCACGGUAUUACCAUCUUGGCUGGUCGUGUUGCUAAAAGUUCAACUUUGCAUUUGUUUCCACCUUGCCAUUUGAUAUCCGACUUGUCCUGUUAA